GUUUUUGUUUACAUCCAUAUUUUUAAGAUUUUGCAAGUGAUUAGAAUGUGUGAGUCACUCCCCAGUUCACUUAUUCAUUUUAUUUCAAUUGCAAACCAAGUGAAACCUCAACUAACUAUUCUCAUCUGAAUGUAAAAUAAUACAUUAGUUGUUGCAACUGCUUCAUACGUAAAUGAUCAAAUGGCUAUAUCCAAGUUCAGUGAUGUUGAUGAAUAUGGAUUCAAGAGAGAUGAAAAUUUUGAGCCACAGAAGUAUGAAAAGUUUAUGGAGGAAUAUUUGCCAAUCCUAGCAAGGCGGAAUAAAAAAUGGACUGAGUUAAUGACUAAGAAAAGAGAUAGACCUCUCGUCCUCAACCGAAAAUUAAAAAGAUUUAUUCGUAAAGGAAUUCCUACCGAAUUCAGGCCUCAAGUUUUAAUGGAAUUAAGCGGUGCCAAUGCUCUCAAAUCCAGAGAGAAUAGCGAUUAUUUUCCCUCCCUUCUCAGCAGAAUCCAAGAUACAGAUGUCGUUGAUUCAAUUCAGUUAGAUCUUUCUCGGACAUUCCCGAACAACAUCUAUUUCAGCGCUCCAGGUCACCAUCAAAGUCAACUUUACAAUAUUUUAGUGGCAUUUGCAAAUCAAAACACCGCUGUUGGUUACUGUCAGGGUUUAAACUAUGUUGCUGGAAUACUCAUAUUAAUAACCACCAGUGAUCAGACCUCGUUUUGGCUUUUAAAAGCAUUAGUUGAAAAUAUACUUCCGGAUUAUUUUUCUCCUUCCAUGAUAGGAGUACUAGUCGAUAUCGAAGUUCUAGCUGAGCUUGUCAGAGUAAAACUCCCAGACGUACAUAAACAUUUAGAAUCAAAAGAAUUUCAUUGGGCUUUGAUUGCUACAAAGUGGUUUGUUUGUUGUUACGCUGAAGUAUUACCAACCGAGACAGUGCUGAGGAUAUGGGACUGUCUUUUCUGCGAAGGAAGCAAAAUAUUGUUCAGAGUAGGCCUUACCCUCAUCAUAGAAUUCCGUUCCUCGCUGUUGAAAUGUGAUGACUUAUCCGAGGUUAUGAAUUGUUUCAAAGAAAUCCAAAGCAGUUAUUUUGUUCUCUCGUGUCAUUCAUUCAUGGAGAAAGUGUUUAAAUAUACCAGCAACUUAUCCACGUCUUCUAUCCAACAAUUGAGAGCAGAAAAAAAAAUGAAGAUUAUCAGUGAAAAAAAAAUGAAGAGUCGAUGAAAAACAGUCGAGUGUUAAAGUUUCAAAGAGAACAUUUUAACAUGUCAAGGCCGACCGAGUCUCUUCCAUCCAUCCAUCCAGAACUCUACUAAAUGUAGCCUCAAGUAUUUCUGAAGGAUUUCCAUCUCAAAAAUUUUACUGCGAUCUUAAUUGUUGUUUAGAUACCUUCGUGCCAUAGCUUAAUCAUUCCCUCGCGAAGUGAGUGCAUUUAUAUAUAUUCUUCUUUGAACAUCUUCAGAAACUUCUCUUUGAAGAACACAUAAGGUAUUUAACACCAUUAGCGUAGACAGCCCUCUCUUACAUAUUCUAUUCAAGGAGUGGUUCAUAGUUGCUAAAAAAAAAUUGUUGUAACAAAAGAAAAAACCAUAGUUACGUACUCUAGGUUUUGAAAAAAUUCUAAAAUUUUAUAGAUGUAUAAGUCCCUCUCUUAUGAGUUUCUGUCAAUUCGUUCCUCUUUCAUCCUGGGUUUUUAUUAUAAUGUGUCGUUCGCUAAUAUGUUAUAAUUUUUUUCAAAAGAUUAAGUAAUCAGAGUUUGGCAAAGCCGUCCUGCCAGUGAUUUUUCAGCCAACAAUCCACCCAGCAAUGGCCAAAAAUAACGUUGCAUGAAAACUGUCAUAACGUCACCUUCAGUCUUUAAGUUGUGACAACGUUUUGGUAACUACCUCUGGCAACUUUUUUGAUGGCUAAAGUGCAAAACCACAUAUCUUCAUGCGCUGUUUCAAAAUCUCUGCUUCUAGUUUAUUUUUUGAAGAGAAACAACUCAACGUUAUUGCUUGAAAUUUAUACAGAAUAUUCUGCCAACAGCGAAGCUGUUCUGUUAACUUUAUUGUCUAGUGGCGCAUUGUAGAAAUAGACGCUUAGCUUGAAGGUGAAGGAUACAAACUGUCAAUUGUUCCUUAACUGUGUAUCUUAGGAUCCAGAAGCUCUGCAGGUGCUCAAAAGAGUCCAGGUGCAGGUUACAUCUUCCUAUCCAAUUUCCUCAUAAUUAGGUGCCUUAACUUGGUUGAAAUUGUGGAAUAGGUCCACUUUUAACACAUUUUUUUGUCAAUUGGUGAGUCACCCACCAAAUUUUUUCACAGUAUUCUUUUGUGAUCCACUGUGUGGUUUUUUAAAUGGCCUAAACCUCUCAGAAAAUCUAGUCAUCACAAGUCAGUGAAUCUCAGAAAGUUGAUGCCUGACUAACUACCUAAGAAAAAGAAGACUUUUAUGUGUGUGAUUUUAAUUUUAAGUCGCCAUUCAUCAUGCAUUUUAUGCUCACAGAAAAAAAAAAUUGCUGAAAGUACAUCCUGGAUGUUAAAAAUCUGCGGAGUGUCCAUAACAACAUUCAAGAAGUGUUGCAUAGAUUUUUAACAUCCAGAAUGUUACCUCAGCAACUAUUUCCGUGUUGCGUUAACACCACUCUACUUCCAUGAAGAGUAGAUGGUCCUUUUUUUUCUCAAUACGCCUUCACUCCCAUAAGCCAUACCUAUGGGUGGGCAAAGGGAAGGGGACAACUUUAAGUAUGUCUGACUAGAUUCCCUUUUAAAACGAUUUUAAUUCACAGGUAACUCCAUCAUAAUUAGGUCGAAUAGUUGUGUAUUCUGUUUUUACUUACGUAUCAAACUUAUUUUAUUUUACUUUUAUCGUCCUCCUUAUCUAGGAUUAUUUCUCUCAAUGUAUCGAUUUAUUGCGUAAAAAACUCCCCCACUUGUUUACUGAAGCCAAUUAGGACUGCUUGCUCAACGUUCUAAAAAUAAGUAACAAGACUUAUAAUCUAGAACCCGAUUUGAUGCAACACACCCUGAAUCCAAACACGAGGGUCAUUAAAAAAUGUACCUUUUGAUGCAAGGUUUACAUCUAAAUUUACCAAUUUAUUGUGGAAUGAGGGCUCCCGGAAAAGAAAUUUUGGAAAUUCCCUUAGCGUAACCCAAUUAAAUAAUAUCUCAAGGUUGCAGGAUUUUUAAUAAAUCAAAAACCUGAAUUACAGGAGGGAAAAAUGUAAAACGAAGGAUGUUAUUCCCUUCUAGCAUCGAUAGCUGUGCAAUAACAGUGCCCUCUUCCUCCUUCUCUAAUUAUGUAACUGUCUUCACACGCACAACACUUUAAAGCAAUUAUAUGCCACUGGUCUGUAGUGCUCAUCUCCCUCCACCGCUGUCUCUGUCAUUGAAACAUAAUAAGUCUAAUUACAAUUUGUCUAAUGUGUUGAAAAUUCUCUUGAAGAACUUUAGAUCAUAUCCCUUAUCCACUUACCUUGAAAAAUUCUCAAUUCGUACAAGGAGGCCAAAAUUUUGUAUGUCAGAAAUAAAUGUGAAAUGUAUACUAUACAGUUAAAACUUUGAUCCACACUAAAUAUUGGACACCUAUAACACUUUAUAGACAAUUAUUACAUGACAACUGAAAAAUUGGACAUACACUGAAAACCGCACAACUGAUAACCAAAUACUUCAAUGUCAAUUACACAGUCUAACAAAUUUUCAAUUGUGCCGUAUUGUUUAGAAGGACUCAGAUUGAUUGAUUCCUUCGUAUCCAAGUGCUGAGUUCAGAGAAAAUGAUGUAUGAAUUCUAUCACAUCAAAAUUUAACUGCGUAUCAAAAAGAUCAAAAAGUUCAACAAACCUAGCAGUCAGCACCGUGUUUUGUGCUCAUAUUUUAUAGCUGCUCAAAAACAGUUUUUUCCACGAAAAAAUACAUUUUUCAGUGAAGUGGUGCACAAUUGGGAAAAUAAAAAAAAAAAACGCAAAAUUCUCUUGCAAAGCAUGCGUUUAUUUUUAUUUUUUUUUCUUACUCAACACAAAAAUGAACUUGGUUUUUCUCUUAAUAAUGCACAGAUCUUCUUCUUUCCUCCUAGAAAAAACCUGUAUCAUAGAAAAAUUAGAUUUUCUCUGAGGGUGAUAUAAUUUUAUGAAAAAUUUCUCCCUAACUCAACGCCCAAAAACACAUAAUCGAUCAAUUCACUUCUGAUAACAGGGCAUGAAGAAAAUUUACAAGGCUCUCUUAUUCUUGAUUCCUAUGUGCCCUCUCAGGAAUUCUUUUCCUCAUUGUCAUAGUAUUUAUGGUAUUGAAUAACCAAAGAUUUGUGUUAGCUGUCAGGUUUUUCUAGCGAUCAAAUUAGAAACAAACACUGAUGACUAUUUAAGCCCUCUUUCAGCUUGUAUGAAUUUGGGUCAUUGAUGACCCUUUAGUCUGUUCGUAUAUCAACUGUGUAACAAGAACCUGAGUUUUUUAGCUUUAUUUUUAAAGUAUAUUUUUUGUACGUAGCAUUAUCUUUUCUUUGAGCUGUUAACACAAAGCUCCUACGUUUAAGUGUAGCCGCCAUCUAGCGUAUGUUAUCCUCUAAUUAUGUGAUGCCUAGCUUGUUGUGUAAAAAUCAUUAAAAAUCAUCUGUUUUGAAGGAAAAAA